ACUAGCCGGAAAGGGAGGCGCGUAGGGCGGGGCUGCUCCUCCCAUAUGCUAUAUCCGGUAGCUACGCUGAGUAUUUGGCCUCAGUCACCGCGUGGAGUAAGGGAGAAAGGAUAUGGCGGACGUAGAGGGUUCCAAAAAAAAGGCGAAAAAGCGUCGCAGUCAGAUUCUCGGAGCAGAGGACGUGGCAGCUAUUCAACAUGAGGAAGAUUUUCUUAUCAAACCUGAAUCUAAAGUGGCUCAGUUAGAUACCUCGCAAUGGCCUUUACUUCUCAAGAACUUUGAUAAGUUGAACAUCCGAACGGCUCAUUAUACUCCUAUUCCAUCUGGUUCCAACCCACUGAAAAGAGAGAUUUCUGAAUAUAUUAAAACAGGGUUUAUUAAUUUGGAUAAACCUGCUAACCCUUCAUCACAUGAGGUGGUAGCAUGGAUACGGCGAAUUUUAAGGUCAGAGAAGACUGGUCACAGUGGGACCCUGGAUCCAAAAGUAACUGGUUGUUUGAUUGUCUGCAUUGAUCGUGCAACGCGACUUGUGAAAUCACAGCAGAGUGCAGGGAAAGAGUAUGUGGGAAUUGUACGGUUGCACAAUGCGUUGGAGAACGAACUACAACUUUCACGGGCUCUGGAGACGCUCACUGGUGCAUUAUUCCAACGGCCACCUUUAAUAGCAGCUGUAAAGAGGCAAUUGCGUGUAAGAACGAUCUAUGAGAGCAAACUAAUAGAAUAUGACCCGGAGAGGCGGCUAGGUAUAUUUUGGGUGAGCUGUGAGGCUGGUACUUACAUCCGCACACUUUGCGUUCACAUUGGCUUACUGCUGGGGGUUGGCGGUCAAAUGCAAGAGUUGCGUCGUGUUCGCUCUGGUGUCCUAGGAGAGAAGGAUAACCUUGUCACAAUGCAUGAUGUUCUGGAUGCACAAUGGCAAUUUGAUAACAAUAAGGAUGAAAGUUACUUGCGCAGAGUCAUCUUUCCACUAGAGAAGCUUCUAGUGUCUCACAAAAGACUUGUCAUGAAGGAUAGUGCGGUUAAUGCUAUAUGUUAUGGGGCAAAAAUCAUGCUGCCAGGGUUGCUCAGAUACGAGGAUGGGAUAGAACUGAAUCAAGAGAUUGUGGUCAUAACUACAAAAGGAGAAGCAAUCUGUAUUGCUAUAGCCCUUAUGACAACAGCAGUAAUAUCUACGUGUGAUCAUGGAAUUGUGGCAAAGAUUAAGCGUGUCAUCAUGGAGAGAGACAUUUAUCCACGGAAGUGGGGACUUGGUCCUAAGGCUAGUCAGAAGAAGAUGAUGAUUCAGAAGGGCUUAUUAGACAAGCAUGGUAAAACUAAUGAGAACACUCCUUCAGACUGGAAACAAGGAUAUGUUGAUUACAGUGCUACUCUGAAAUCUAAACAAGCAACAGAUGCUGUUAAGAGAAAGCAUACAAGUGACACAGAAAGUGAUUCUGCAGAUCCUUCAACAAUUAAAAAGAAAAAGGAACAAGUGGGUGAUGCAGAGAGUGAUGCAACUCCUGUGAAAUCCAGCAAGAAGAAGAGAAAAAAGGACAAAGGUGAUGCACUGGAUGAAACGGCUGCACAGAGUAAAGAAAUGGUGGAGACUGGUUCUGAUGAUGGAGGCACAGCCCUUAAAACAAAGAAAAAGAAGAAAAAAGACAAAACACAAGAAGAAAGGGAAUCUCCUGCAGAAGAGACUGAGCAGGCAACUGACAGUGUCAAGAAAAAGAAAAAGAAGAAAAAGGAAAGUGCUGACUAGCAAGGAAACGACAUUCUCCAUGUUUUUGUUCAGUGACUGAUAACUAAGCUUUAAUAUAUGGCAGUCUGCCCUGUUUUAAGGGCAAUGUAAAAGCUUUCAGUUCCUGUGUAUAUAAAUGAUGGCCAUUUGAAAAGCCAACCUUUGUUUUCCUUUUGAAUAAACAAGUUUCUUUUAAA